AUGAUAGGUGCUGAAUCCUAUGAAGUUUUGUGUGGGAGAUGUAGACCUUGGCAGGAGGUAACUUGUCCAGGAGUGGUGCUAAAAGAUAAGGAGGACAUCUAUCUUAGCAUCUGUGUGUUUGGCCAAUACAAAAAGACACAAUGUGUCCCACCAGCUUUUCCAUUGGUCUUCAAUGCCAGAAUGGUGUUUGAAAAGGUGUUCCCUGAAGCAGUGGACCCUGGAGAUGUGGUUACACAGCUUGAAUAUGAUACAGCAGUUUUUGAGUUGAUCCAGCUUGUUCCACCAGUGGGUGAAACAUUGUCUACUUAUGAUGAAAAUACAAGAGAUUUCAUGUUCCCGGGUCCAAGCCAAGUUUCUGGACAUCAUGAUUCAAACCGCCAGGUUACCAUGAGGAGGAUUUCUGGCCUUCGAAAUCAAGAGCCAUUUGAUAUUAUUUUAUGUCCAUUUCAAAAUCUGGUUUGCAUGUCUGGCAGUUCCCUGCCAAUAAUAUUUAUGCUUUAUUUUUUAUAUCCUUUUCCAGAUCAUUCUCAUCAUGGCUGCUACAGAACGAAGGAUUAUAAGGUUAUCAGAACACCCCAUGGCAGAGACUUUGAUGACUCUUUGGAAAGAUGUGAUGAGUAUUUGAAUUCGAGGUCAUGCACCAAGCCCCACCAUUCAACAAGGACAUUGCUAGUCCAUUCAUCACCCUCAACGAUGCCUAAACAUUCUACAAGCCCUGUGUUAAAUCGAGCUUCUCUCAGGGAAAGAUUCCAUUCUGACUGGUGUUCAUCUCCAAACUGUGAUGAGAUCCAUGACCGGGAUGAGAGAGACCCAGAGAAAGAAGAGGAACUGGAAAUGAAAAGAGGUCUUUUCUGCAGGGACUCUGCCUAUGAUAGUGACCCAGAGUAUAGCUCAUAUCAACAACGGCCAUGUGGUCCUGUCAAUUUGGAUGAUGGCGAAUACUGGUCUAACAGGGCAGCCACCUUUAAAGAAAAAUCCCACCGACCUGUUUUUGAGAACAGCAUGGACAAGAUGUACAGGAACUUAUACAAAAAGGCCUAUAGUUCUGUUUCUCAUACACAAGAAAACUUCUGA